AUGAAUGUAGAACCCCGAAAGGUUGCUGCACGUUGGGGUGUGGAACACGGAACAACUGACUUGCCCCAACCAACCUGCCCAGAGAAGGCCAAGCGCGAGGCCUUGACAUUGGUCUCGAGCCAUUCCGAGGUUAACGGACAACGUGAUUUUGACUUAGUCAGGGAAGAGGAAGAAGACCGGAGACUUCAGGGGUUCAACCGUUGA